UCCGCUCGGCACCAGGGUGUCCGCGGCGCCGCCUGAUCCUGUUAGCGCGGUACUGUGAGUGCAGUCCGUCCUCGGCGCUGUUUUCACUGACUUGCUGUCGACGCCAGGAAGAAAGGACGCGCGCAGAGGACCGCAGAGGGGUGGCCGUGGCUGAGGGAAGAGAGCGCCGCAGCACUGAAGGUUUGGGCUUGCAGGCGCUGCAGGAGGCGCCCAGGCGGGGUCCUGUCUCUCAGCCAGCUCUGAGCGGGAGGCCUGAGCGGGAAGCAUUGGCGUCCCGGCGACUUCCCAGAGCCUGGGGUUCGGCGCUAUGGAGGAGCUCGAUGGCGAGCCAGCAGUCACUGUGAUUCCAGGCGUGAAUUCCAAGAAGAACCAAAUGUGUUUUGACUGGGGUCCAGGGGAGAUGCUGGUGUGUGAAACCUCCUUCAGCAAAAAAGAAAAAUCAGAGAUGGUGCCAAGUUGCCCCUUUAUCUAUAUCAUCCGUAAGGAUGUAGAUGUUUACUCUCAAAUCUUGAGAAAACUCUUCAAUGAAUCCCAUGGAAUCUUUUUGGGCCUCCAGAGAAUUGAUGAAGAGUUGACUGGAAAAUCCAGAAAAUCUCAAUUGGUUCGAGUGAGUAAAAACUACCGAUCAGUCAUAAGAGCAUGUAUGGAGGAAAUGCACCAGGUUGCAAUUGCUGCUAAAGAUCCAGCCAGUGGCCGCCAGUUCAGCAGCCAGGUCUCCAUUUUGUCAGCAAUGGAGCUCAUCUGGAACCUGUGUGAGAUUCUUUUUAUUGAAGUGGCCCCGGCUGGCCAUCUCCUCCUCCACCUCCUUGACUGGGUCCGGCUCCAUGUGUGCGAGGUGGACAGUUUGUCGGCGGAUGUUCUGGGCAGUGAGAAUCCAAGCAAUCAUGACAGCUUCUGGAACUUGGUGACCAUCUUGGUGCUGCAGGGCCGGCUGGAUGAGGCCCGACAGAUGCUCUCCAAGGAAGCCGACGCCAGCCCUGCCUCUGCAGGCAUAUGCCGAAUCAUGGGAGACCUGAUGAGGACAAUGCCCAUUCUCAGUCCCGGGAACACCCAGACACUGACAGAGCUGGAGCUGAAGUGGCAGCACUGGCACGAGGAAUGUGAGCGGUAUCUCCAGGACAGCACAUUUGCCACCAACCCUCACCUGGAGUCUCUCUUGAAGAUUAUGCUGGGAGACGAAGCCACCUUGUUAGAGCAGAAGGAACUUCUGAGUAAUUGGUAUCAUUUCCUAGUGACUCGGCUCUUGUACUCCAAUCCCACAGUAAAACCCAUUGAUCUGCACUACUACGCCCAGUCCAGCCUGGACCUGUUUCUGGGAGGUGAGAGCAGCCCAGAACCCCUGGACAACAUCUUGUUGGCAGCCUUUGAGUUUGACAUCCAUCAAGUGAUCAAAGAGUGCAGCAUCGCCCUGAGCAACUGGUGGUUUGUGGCCCACCUGACAGACCUGCUGGACCACUGCAAGCUCCUCCAGUCACACAACCUCUAUUUCGGUUCCAACAUGAGAGAGUUCCUCCUGCUGGAGUACGCCUCUGGACUGUUCGCUCAUCCCAGCCUGUGGCAGCUGGGGGUGGAUUACUUUGAUUACUGCCCCAAGCUGGGCCGAGUCUCCCUGGAGCUGCACAUUGAGCGGAUACCUCUGAACACUGAGCAGAAAGCCCUCAAGGUGCUGCGAAUCUGUGAGCAGCGGCAGAUGACUGAACAAGUUCGCAGCAUUUGUAAGAUCUUAGCCAUGAAAGCCGUCCGCAACAAUCGCCUGGGUUCUGCCCUCUCUUGGAGCAUCCGUGCUAAGGAUGCCGCCUUUGCCACGCUUGUGUCAGACAGGUUCCUCAGGGAUUACUGUGAGCGAGGCUGCUUUUCUGAUUUGGAUCUCAUUGACAACCUGGGGCCAGCCAUGAUGCUCAGUGACCGACUGACAUUCCUGGAUUUGGCUCUUUGGAGUUCUUCCGAGUCUGCUUUGAACGCUCUUGGUCUGCAUCUCAUUGGGGCCUAUGAGUUUGGAGAUAGAAAAAAUCUCCUGCUCUGUGGAGUGGCUGGAAAGUAUCGCGAGUUCCACCGUAUGUACGGGGAGAAGCGUUUUGCUGACGCAGCUUGUCUCCUCCUGUCCUUGAUGACGUCUCGGAUUGCCCCUCGGUCUUUCUGGAUGACUCUGCUGACAGAUGCCCUGCCCCUUUUGGAACAAAAACAGGUGAUUUUCUCAGCAGAACAGACUUAUGAGUUGAUGCGGUGUCUGGAGGACUUGACGUCAAGAAGACCUGUGCGUGGAGAAUCUGAUAUUCAGCAGCUCCAGGAUGAGGACAUAGAAACCACCAAGGUGGAAAUGCUGAGACUUGCUCUUGCACGAAAUCUUGCUCGGGCAAUUAUAAGAGAAGGCUCACUGGAAGGUUCCUGAGAACUGCUUCAUUGUGGUAUCUUUGUAUGGCAAUGUAUAUAGAUUUUUUAAAGGAAUAAAUGUGUUGCAAAUGUA